AUUACAUUCAAAUACACUUAUAAUUUGAUUGAGUAAUUAGUAUAAUUAUGUUUAUAUUUGAGGUAUUGAAAAAUGAUAUCUAGAUCUGAAGUAAAGAUUCACGGCAAGGUUAAGAAUCAACCUGAGUCUUCUCUCUCAGGUGGGGGGCUUCAUCAAAUAUUUUUGAAAGUUUGUGAAAAAAUACUUUGAUAAUAAGAAUAGCAAACGAAAUUGGAGUUUAGAUACUGCAUCAUGUUCCAGUGUUGUGUUGAAUUUUGAUUGUCACUCCAUCACAAAAUUAAAUAAAAAUAAUAUUGGAUCAAGUUUGUAGGUGGAAAAGGACUAGUAAAGAAAUAAAAAAGAAGAAGAAGAUGUAGAUAGAAUGAAGAGGGUGGGUGCUGUUCAACAGCUUUGUUUUCUUGUUCGACCGGAGAUGCGUUUCUAUAUAUAGUCAAUAUUCUAACCAUACAAAGUACAAUUUUAAUAAUAUCUACACUCUAAUCAAGCCAUUAUACCUUUUUGAGCUAAAGGUAUCGAAAGCACAUUCUUUUUAAUUCGUAACUUAAUAAGUAGAAGUGAUACACACACAUACAUAAAAAUUUAAAAAACCUAUCUAUAUAUGUGUUACGUACGAAAUUUAGAAUUAGGUUAAAAGCCCAAGGUAAAAAGAAGAAUGGGCCUGGCAAUAGAGUUGGUUGAACUGGCUGAAGGACACCGUGUGGAAAUCAAGGAAAAUACAGGACGGAAAGACUUCAGGUCGGAAGGUCUUCAAGUCGGGAGGUCCUCAAGACGGAAAGUCCUCAGGACGGGAAGACCUCAGGUCGGAAGGUCUUCAGGUCGGUAGGUCCUCAAGACGGAAAGUCCUCAGGACGGAAAGACCUCAGGUCGGAAGGUCUUCAAGUCGGGAGGUCCUCAAGACGGAAAGUCCUCAGGACGGAAAGACCUCAGGUCGGAAGGUCUUCAGGUCGGGAGGUCCUCAAGACGGAAAGUCAUCAGGAUGGGAAGUCCGCAGGUCGGGUAAACCGUAGAUCGGAUAGAAGGCGAAGUCGGGCAGACGCGGAGGUCUGUCAAGAGGAAGGUCGGGCAAGGAAGAGGUACGGACAGACGCGGAGGUCUUCGGUCAAAGACGGAGGGCGGCUGAUGCGGAGGUCGGCCCAAGUGAGGUCGGGCGAAGAAGCAGGUCGGGCGAAGGACGAAGUCGGGCCAAAAGGGCGGAAGGUCUGUGGUCGGCUCAAAAAGUGAAAUAUAGGGAUAAUUUUGGUCUGCUGAGGACACGUGUCAGCAGGAGAAGGGUUGGAAGACGGUUGGGAAGGAGACGUUGUAACCGUUCGGGCGACGGUUUUCAGUACAGUUUCUUCAAAGAAUAUUUAAGGAUUUGGAUCAUCAUUUGGCAAGGCAUCUUCAAUCAACUUCAACAAAGCAAAGUCAGAUUUGGGGAUCACCACUUUAAAUUUCAGUCUUUUAUUUUCCAGUUUAUUUUCUGUACCGUACAGUGUUUAGAGAUUCCUAAUCUCAGGCACUAAUUAAUCAAGUUUAAGGAUAUUUUCUAUAUCUUUGAAUUUUACUUUAUUUUUGUUGAAAAAAUACAUCAACAAAUUGGCGACCACAGUGGGAGCAAGACAAAAUUGCUCAUUCCAAUUCCGGCGAUAAUUUCAUACGUCUUAGAUCCGGCCGUAUCAUCGGAAGGGUCCAUAUGGCAGGUUCACAACCUCAAUCAUCUUCGGCACCGGUGGGAGAAUCCGUUCCACCACCUAUUGUGCCAAAUGCCGGGGAAAUCCGACAACCACCAACUGAUUGGUGGUCUUAUGUUCAACAAAUGAACAACCAGCAAACUUUGGUUAUGCAGAAUAUGUUGCGUGAGCAACAAACGAACAUGUUGCGUGAGCAACAGAGUCUGAUGCAGAACAUGAUAGAUCAAGCACUGUCAAGGGUUAGUCUUCAACCUACUCAAACUCCACCAGGAGUAUCACCAUCCAGACUACAGGCAAAUUUCGCAGGGCCAUCAUUCGUGGAUAGUACAUUCCCAAGUGCCACAAAUCCCAACCGAAUGGAUAGGGGAAAAUCUCCUCUGACUUUUCCAAACACUGUUCCACUGGGACCAAGGGUUACCAAUCCGCAGCCGAACAAUACAAGGGAGGACAGGCCUGAAGGAUAUAUACAUGAUCCUAUUCAUAUUCCUGUGCAGGAUCCGUUCCAUGUUCCUGAUCAUCAACGCUUUCAUGUAGAUCCUGAUGAGAUUGCACAUAUAUUAAGGGAUCAGUAUGGAUUAACUCCUCAGAUGGCUAACCGCCCUGCAUAUCAGAGACCUUUCCCAGAAAGGAUCAUUAAUGAACACCCUCUCCCAAGGAAUUAUCGACCACCCGAUUUUCAUGCAUUCUCAGGGGAGGACGGAUCUUCCACCAUAGAACAUGUUGGUCGGUUCACAGCACAAUUAGGAGAAGUUGGCAAUAACCCUUUUUAUAAGUUGCAGCUGUUUGGUUUAUCUCUUACUAGAACAGCGUUUUCGUGGUUUGCAAGUCUGCCUCCUGGACAAAUUCAGACGUGGGAAGGACUGGAGAUGGCAUUUCAUGCCAGAUUCUUCAAUCCUUUACCAACUGUUUCUUUAACUGAUUUACUAGAAUUGAGACAGUAUCCAGAAGAAUCUGCUUCACAGUUUAUAGAAAGGGUGCGAUUGAUGAAGGGACGAUGUCCUACGGUAAUCAGUGAGAAAGAGAUGACCAAUUUAGUGGUCCGGAAUAUGCAUACUCGUUUAAGAAAGGCACUCACUGCCCUGGAUGUUGAGGAUUUGGCAAGUCUUGCAUCCAAGGCAGGACGUUUAGAGUCUUUGUUCAGAGAGGAAGAUCAGCAUAACAGGCGUAAUAGAGGCCAACAUAUGGCGAGUAUGGGAACAGAAACAUGUGACUUUGAUUUUAAUCAGUCAGAAGAGAUGGCAGCCGAAAUCCUUUCUGGAAAACCUUAUGUGUGCCCCAAAUUGAAGCCAGUACCAGGAUCUGAAGGGAAGGAGCAACCAACGUUUGAUAGUUCAAAAGCUGAUGAAAUCUUUGAUAUCUUACUGACUGAUGGGCAGAUCCGUAUUCCAAAGGGGCAAAGACUGGCCACUAAAGAAGAAAUCAAAGGGAGACCAUAUUGCAAGUGGCAUAAUUCUUUCACACACAAUACAAGUCAGUGUACUCAUUUCAGGAAGGAAAUUCAAAAAGCCAUCAAGACAGGUCGGCUCAAAUACAUCACUCUAGGUGUAGACCAGCAACCGUUUCCGAAAGUAACAACGGCAAUGGUUGACAUCCAACCAAGUUCGGAAACAGGGAAAAGUUCGGCCAAUGAUGGACAAACAGGGGAACGAACUCAGGCAAGCCCCGGAACAAAAAAAGGAAGUCAGCCAAACAGUGGCCGACCGGAAGAACGACUCAAAGUUGUUGAAAGGCCAGUCGCUGAAAAAUGGGACCGUCCAGACGGUUCUUUUAAUGUGGAGGUGAAAGAAAAGGUUUUAGUGCGUGACCACCCGACCAGAAAAACAGGUUCAGUCGGGAACAAUUGGGCUCGAAAUAAAAAGCCUUUACCCGUUGAUAUAGAUCCUCGUUUCCCAGGUAUGAAUCGUACACAGAUUCGCAAUGCCAAACGCAGGUAUGCUGCAAAGUAUGGGAAACGAGUUCCUUCAGUAAAACAACGAACCGACGAACAAAAAGCAGCCGACCACUUGGCAGGAGAUCAGUCCAUUAGAGUCUUUACAGAACAAACGACCAACGAGCAGGGAGCAGCCAUUCAGUUUCCAAAAAGUCGGUCCAGUCGGGUCUGUUCAGGAAAGCAACCGAACGACGGAUUAGGCGCUUCCGACUAUACCAAGAGAAGUUCGUCGGGACAGGGGAAAGGUAAAGGAAUGGCAGAUGAAAUAAUUAGAGGUUUUCGAUGCCAACAUUGUGAACGGAUCAACAUCAAUCCAUCUCCUGAGGAAUUCCGCAUAGAAUCUUUGACGGUUCAAUCUCGGGAUAAGACAAAGGAAGAAGUUGUAACUACAGAGGAAAGUUCAAGAUCUGUUAAAUCUCGUCUGGGACCACGAAUCCCUUGUCGAAUGACAGAGAUUAAUCAGAUGAGAGAUGAACCGAUGUGGGCGAGUCUGGUAGAUUAUCACUAUGGACGAACCUUUAUGGGCAUUCUUGGCAGAUGAUGAAUUAGAGGAAA